AUGUCUAAAUUGGGUCGUAAAAUUAUAAAUACACCCAGGGCACCAAAAUCUAUAGGACCAUACAAUCAAGGUGUAGCUGUGAAUAACACCCUAUAUAUUUCAGGCCAGUUGGGUCUUGAUCCUGACACAAUGCUUUUUGCUGGAGAUGAUGUUGAAUCACAAACUCAUCAGUCUCUUAAAAACAUCAGAGAAGUAGUUCAGUCUGCUGGUUUUACUAUGCGGGAUGUUGUUAAGACCACUUUGCUUUUAGCCGAUAUGAAUGAUUUCGGGAAAGUUAAUACGAUAUAUGCACAAUAUUUUGCAGAUCCAUAUCCAGCUCGGGCUACUUACCAAGUUGAAUGUUUACCGAAAAAUGGGAAAAUAGAAAUAGAAGCAAUAGCAGUUCGGGAGGAAUCAGGAUCUCAAGGAAAUGAAAGCUUAGAAUAA